ACUACUCAUAUGGAGACAGAUCUUACACAGUAGGAGAAUUGGUCAGUGACACCAUUAGUUUUAGUACUUCAAAUGGUGGAAAAUCAAUGAUAAAAUACCCUAAAACUACAUUGGGUUGUGGACAUGACAACGAUGGGAAUUUUAGAAGCACAAGCACAGGACUAGUUGGUCUAGGUGGUGGACCUUUGUCAUUGGUUACACAACUGGGUGAUGCAAUCGGUCACAAAUUCUCAUAUUGUUUGCUACCCUUUUCAGUAAACUCUACAAGUAAACUCAAAUUUGGAAGUGAAUCAUCAACGGUUUCUCGUAAUGGAGUUGUUUCUACCCCUUUGAUAUCUAAAUCUCCAUCCACUUAUUACUACCUUACUCUGGAAGGCAUCUCCAUAGGUGAGAAGAAACUACAAACAGAACAAAGUGCAAACAACAUUGUAAUCGAUUCCGGGACUACAUUGACUAUGCUUCAAUCGGAUUUCUACGACGGUUUUGAAUCCGCGGUUAAGGACGCUGUUGAUAACAGUCAUGAACCGGUACAGGAUCCACCUGAACCAUUAAGGUUGUGUUAUAGGGAUAUCUCAGUUGAGGACCUCCCUGAUUUGACAUUCCAUUUUUCUGGUGCUGACGUUCAUUUGCAGAAAAUGAACACAAUUCUGAAGGUGGACAAUCUUAUUUGCUUGGCUAUAGUCCCUAGUGAUAGGUUCUCUAUCUUUGGCAACAUAGCACAAGUUAAUUUUAACGUAGGGUAUGACCUUCAAGAAAAAAUGGUUUCUUUUUAUCCUGCAGAUUGUACAAUGGAUCAGUAGAAUGAAGCCUCGACUUAGAUAAACGCAAUGAUCAUAUGUUAUAGAAC